CAUGUCUGACAUCACCCCUCUGUGGAAGGCGUCUUUAAAAACAGUUAAAAUACGCAGUAAAACACUGGGUAUAAAUCAAGAAAAUGCCAAGAAUAGUAUAUUACCACACUCAAGACAGAAAAGUGAAUUUGUGACAAAGUCCAAGGAAGUGGUGAAUAGCAUUACCAAAUUGAGAGACUUUUUGGUAGAACACAGAAAAGCAUAUAUCAAUGCAAGCAGUCAUUUGUCAUUGGGAGUGUCUCGUAUGACUGACAGUGAAAGGGAUCAGAUUGAUACAGAUGCUCACAUAUUUAUGAGGACAUGUGCUGAGACAAUUAAAGCUUUUAAAAAUGAUGUUGAGAAUGAUACUGUUUUACCACAAGUCAGAGAACACAGACAAGCAGUAAUUGAUAUGUUAGACGAAUAUUUAAAAGGUGUUUGUAAAAUUUACAGUGAACAGAGAGCAAUCCGAGUCAAAAGAGUUGUGGACAAGAAGAGGAUAGGAAGACUUACACCAGAACAAAGAUUUAGUCAAGAAGCUAGUUUACCACCAGCAAGUGCCAGUACCCCAAAGACAAUAGAAGAAGGUCGCACUGCUCCACCAAAAACAUUACCUGAUUCAUUAAAUGUCAAUCAAGAUGAAGUUGAAGAAGAUUUAUCACCUGAUGAAAUUUUAAUGUUUGAACAAGAAAAUCAAAUGCUUUUUAAUGAAAUGAAUAGUCUAGUGGAUGAAGUAAAACAAAUUGAAGGAAAAGUUGUUGAAAUAGCCAAACUUCAAGAGGUGUUUGCAGAUAAAGUUUUACAGCAAGAAAAAGAUAUUUACACCAUUGAAACCAAAGUUGUGGAGACAACUGAAAACAUCAAAGAAGGAAAUGAAGAAAUCAGAGAGGCUAUAAAGAACAACGCCGGUUUCAGAGUAUGGAUAUUAUUUUUCUUGGUCAUGUGUUCAUUUUCUCUGCUCUUCCUUGAUUGGUAUGGAUAAAUCACUCACCCUCAUUCAUUCUAGGACCCUCCCUCACAAACAUUGCCAAUGGUUUGAUCCAUUUCAGUGACAAGCAGCAAUAUAUGAUCUAUUGCUGAAUUCGUGAACCAUAAAUUGAAAUUAUAACUUGUAUUAUCUGGAGCAAAUAAUCCAUACUUUUCUUCCACUGAAUUUUAAACCAUUUACAUUAAAUUUAUAUUGAAUAUAUAGUUCAAUUCAACAUAGACAGUGCAAGAAAAAAGUUAUAUAGUGUAAAAUAAGAUUAUCUUUGAAUAUGCAAAAGCCACUGAAGGAUCUGUAUGUACUGAAUAUGAAUCAAUCCAGUUAACAAUUACAGGGUCUUUUAAUUGAAUGAAAACUGACAGUUUAAAUUCCUUGCUGGAGUAGAUUAUAUUUAAAUUUUUAUUGAAUAAAAUUUGUCUGUGCAAUCUCUGA